AUGGUUAAAAUAAAAGAAUUGAAUGCUGAACAAUAUGAGGAAAUUCUUUACAGCUACAAACAAGGUGAUUCAUAUCAAAAAAUUGCUGACAUCUUUCAAUGUGAUAAAACAAUUAUCCAUGAUGUGAUAAAACAUUUUAAAGAAACUGGUUUUGCAAUACCAAAAAACAUUUAUCGUCACCUUCCCACUCAAAAAAUUCAAGAAUUAUAG